AUGGAUAUGUCUUAUCCUUUCUUUUCUUAUACUUCCGUGUCUUUUUCAGAUAAUAUCAGUCAAGUUGAGCCAAUUAGAAACUCUAAUUCUCUUUUGCUUAUAAGGUUUUAAAAUGAUAAAUAUAGUGCUAUUUUAUUAGAUGGCCAUACAAAUACUUAAGUUUAAAUAAAUGGUAACAUAAAUGGCUUAAUGUAUUUUUAGAAUUACAUUAUGUUUCUAUAAAAACCUUACAAUUAAUUAUUAGUUUUAAAAGCAUCAAAUCCAAUAAACUAAAACAUAUUUUUUACAUACGAUAACUUGCAUGUAUAUAGUAGUGAAGCAUAGUAACUAUUAGGAUCACCUAAUGGAGAUGUUAUUGAAAUCUAAUAUUAUAAAGAUGGUUCUAAAAAAAUAUUUCAAAAUAAAGCAAAAAAUUUGCAAACUUAUUUCACAAAUUAUAUUGAAGAUACUUAUAUAUAUGCUUCAGUUGAUAUAGAUUUAUAUGGAUAUAUUGUAAUAACAGAUAUCUAAAGUGGUAAAGUCAUUCAAAUAUCAUAACCUAACUAUUACAAAGUAUUAAGAGCAGAUGAUAUAAUUAAAGGAGUAUUAUAUUUCUUUUCUCUGGAAAGAAAAUUAAGACUCCUAUUUUAUUUCUAUUUCUUCAGAGAAGUUUACAAUAUUUAAUACGAAAGGUUUUUAAGUAAUGUUAUUUAAAUAAACUCUUUCCCUGUUGAUAGUUAAUACAAAAAUAUUUAUGCUGAUAAACAAUUUCUAUUUAGAGUGAUUUUGUGUUUGUAGGGAAUGACUCAUUAAAUAAGAUUUAAAUUUUUAAACAAGCUAAAGCUAUUAUCAUAUUCAAAUUAUUUAGCACCUCUUUGUAAGAUAAACAUAAUUUAGUAGCUUUAUGAUAAUUACUGA